AGCUGCAUUUGAAGAUCACCUGAAUUAAAAUGAAAACUACAGUCACUGUGCUCCUGUUUUUAAAUCUUUUUGGACUGAACUCCAGUCUCUAUAGAAAACACUUUUAUGUAAAAGAGUAUAUGAACUGGAACGAGGCAAAAAACUACUGCAAACAGAACUAUGGUGAUCUGUCCACCAUCAGCAGUGAAGAUCUACAAACUCUCUCUAGCAAUUUAGAAAUCACUGGUGAAUACUAUUGGAUUGGACUUAAAAGACAUGGAACCCAUUGGAAGUGGUCUGAUGGUAAGACAGCAACAAAUAAUGAAUGGGAUGAAAAUCAAGGAAAUACAGAUCAUGAAGAUUGUGGUGUUGUAAGCAAAUCAGUUGCAAAACUGCAUGAUUUUCCUUGCGAUUUGGACUUAACAUUUUAUUGCAUGGCGGAUUUUAAUGUUAUCCUGGAGAAUAAGACAUGGGAAGAGGCUCUGGACUACUGCAGACAACAAAACACUGACCUGGCCAGUCUAAGUUCAAAGAAUGUGAAUGUGGUUAAGAAUAUGAUACAAUCAUCCCAGACAAUUUAUGUGUGGACUGGACUGCGCUUUUUAGCUGGUCAGUGGUUCUGGGUCAGUGGAGAUGACUUAAAAUAUAAGGCAAAUGAAGAGCUCCAGUGUCCUACUACAAAGCGCUGUGGAGCUCUGGAUAGACACAAGAAUGUUUGGGAACUCAAAGACUGUGAGGAGAGACUCAACUUUCUCUGUUCCCCUCUACGCAAAGUGGAAGAUGAAGAUGUUUAUGAUGACAAUGAUGACGAUGAUGAUGAUGGGAAUGAAGAUGAUGAUGACGAUGAUAAUAAUGAUGGGAAUGAAGAUGAUGAUGACGAUGAUGAUGAUGGGAAUGAAGAUGAUGAUGACGAUGAUAAUGAUGGGAAUGAAGAUGAUAAUGACGAUGAUAAUGAUGAUGGGAAUGAAGAUGAUGAUGAUGACGAUGAUAAUUAUGAUGGGAAUGAAGAUGAUGAUGACGAUGAUAAUAAUGAUGGGAAUGAAGAUGAUGAUGACGAUGAUGAUGAUGAGAAUGAAGAUGACGAUGAUGAUGAUGAUGGGAAUGAAGAUGAUGAUAAUUGAUUAAUUAAUUAGAAUAGUAAUUAGAAUGACCCUUACCUCAGCUGUAGCAUAAAAUACCAUUGUUAUAUCACUAAGGCGAUGUCCUGCCGUAUCUGCCACAAUUUUCACCAGGGAGCAAAUAGCACAUGCCACUAUUCUCAGUAAGUGUAAAUAGCAUCUACCUUACCUUAAUUUGGUAAUUUAAGUCUUUCUUAUUCUUUUGCACAGACUUGGAAUUUCUUUAAAGUUAAUUAUUAAUUUGUGCAUGUGAU